GACAGACGGGCGUUUUGGUCGUUUCGUGACUUUCAGGUCCCGCCGCCGCCGCCAUCCACGUCCACUCAGUCCAGUCCAUUGAUUCACUUGUUCCUUCUCUCCGUCCCAACAUUCAACUUUCAUUUCCAUUGUGACCGCCCGACAGACAGACAGACAGUGCAGGUUUAAAGCAGCAGGUGGCCGGCCCUUUUUUACGCUCCCUUCAUCUCUUCUCGCUUUCCGCCGCAAACAACAAGUCGCUUUGCUUUUUCUUUCCCUUCGUUCGUCAUUCUUGUAACGAUUCACGAUCGCAAACACGAACAACUCCACUAUUAAUCAUUAAUUCACCACCACGGUAGAACUACUCCAACAAUGGCACCAGCGAGCUCAGUUCCGCCCCAGUUGCCUCCCUCGGUCGAGGAGGCCUACCGCAGGAAGUGCAUCCAGCUGAAGCAGCGCACCACCGAGGUUGAGGAGGCUAACGAUGCCGCUCGCCUGCGUCUGGCCCGGCUGAAGCGCCAGGUUGAGAAGAUGAGGCUGGAGCGAGCGUUCCUUCUUGAGCAGUUGGCCAAGAGGACGAGCACUAACGUGGAGGAUUCUGACGGCAGCCCCAGCCCGCCGCCCACACCAAAGGAGAAGCCCUUGCGUAUCAAGCGGGGACAUCGCAAGCCCUCUGCCAUGCCCAACCUCGACCUGCCUACUGCCGCAGGCGCCACCUUUAUCAACCAGAACCUUCAGACCCAGUCGCCGAGUUCCGACGCCUUCUCGGCCGCCCAGCCGACUAACGGUCUGCACAAGGGCACCCUCAGGCCCCUCAAGCCGAGCAGCGCGUUUGAGCUCUACUGUGACGAUAAGCGCGCCGCGUCGAAGGAGAAGGCAGCUGUGGCAAAGGCAGCGGCGGCGGCGGCAGCCAGCAAGGAAGCCGCCGAAGGCUCGGGCAGCCCCGAAGAUGUCGACAACGACAAUGAGAACGAGAACAACGGCGAUAUUACCGAUGUCGAAGAAGAGACGUUGUCGCGCGAGUGGAAAGAUCUCCCCGAAGACCGCAGGAAAGAGUUCGAAGACCGAGCCGAUCGGGACGCGGAGCGAUACAAGAAGGAGAAAGACGCCUAUGACGCGGCCAAGGCGGAGGAAGAAGAGGCGGCUGCCAACGCGGAGAAGGCGGCAGCAUCAGCAUCAGCAGAAGCAGAGGCAACUGACAAACCCAGCGGCUCGUCGAAAAGCAAUAUCGGCAAGACGGAUGAUGCCGAGGGUGCCACGGCCGAGGAGAUGGACGUUGAUGCUGAUGCUGAUGCCGAGACCACGGAUGAGAGGAAAGCAAGCAGCGCCAAGGCCGGCGAGGAGGGAACAGACACGCCGCGGGCGACACAGGAGGACGUCGAGAUGGCUAAUAAUGACACCGAUCAGGAGACGAAGGCUGAACAGCCGCAAUAGGAGAAGCGCACCAUGUCUGAGCUCAGGGAUGCAACACCUUUGUUGUCAUUGAACUCGGAGGAUCACUUCUGGUCCGACAAUUGAGGAUAGUUGACAGUUUCAACUAUUCAUCGAUGGCCUGGAGUCUGUGUAUCAUAGAGUUCCUAUUAUUCUCUUCCAUUACAGCAGCUUCGCUUUGGCUUAGCGGUACACCGACGUGUCUUACGGUUCUUUGGGCAGGGGCAGGCAGGAUAAGGUUGCGAUCGCGGGAAAGAAAAAAAAUCAACAUACAUGUUCCUUACUCAUCAUACGUUUCGAGGACAACUUUGUGUAAUUGCUUACAGAAGACCAAAGAAAGCUUCGUUGCACGAAACUGAAUAGAAAGAUCAGCUUUCAACACCAACGAGCUCGAGACAUUGCUUCCUCCAUAUUAACGUCCAAGAAACAAACCCGUUCGGCAAAGGA